AUGUCACUUCUGUGUUUUGGAAAAUGCAAGGAUAAAAUCGGAGGAAGAUGCUCAGUGGUGGCUACUUACUGCACAGAUUGGAUCCAGCUCAUUCUCACGCCUUGCUCCACUUCCUUCACAAUGGUGUCUGACAAACCUGAUAUGGGUGAGACCGAGAAAUUCAGUAAGUUGAAGUUGAAGAAGACAGAAAUUCAAGAAAAAAAUCCACUGCCUUCUAAAGAAGUGAUAGAACAGGAGGAACAAGCAGGCGAGUCAUAA